GGGGGGAAAGCAGGAGAAGGGCGGCGAUGCCCCUUCCUGAGCGCUGCCCGCCUCUGUGCUAAGCCGGCAGGAUGCGGGAGGCGGCCAGGCUGCUGUGAAAGAAGCGCUGGGGUUGACCGGAGACUGGAGAACGGGGACAUGUUGCUGGUGCCCCCCUGAUGCUGCCCGGGCGGAGGCUGUGCCCGAGGAGGGGAGGCUGCUGAGGAGCUGGAGGACGGCGACGCCAAGGCCACGGUGGGGGCAAUCCUGAGUCUUCGGCUGGGCAAACCAUGGGGAGAUGCAACGGGAGAUGCACGCUGGUCGGAUUCUGCUGCCUGCAGCUGGUGGCAGCGCUGGAGAGGCAGAUCUUUGACUUCCUGGGCUACCAGUGGGCUCCCAUCCUGGCCAACUUUUUGCACAUCAUGGCUGUCAUUUUGGGCAUCUUUGGGACCAUCCAGUACCGCUCCAAAUACCUCAUGAUGUACGCGGUGUGGCUGGUGCUGUGGGUCGGCUGGAACGCCUUCAUCAUCUGCUUCUACCUGGAGGUCGGACGCCUGUCGCAGGACCGAGACUUCAUCAUGACCUUCAAUACCUCACUGCACCGCUCCUGGUGGAUGGAGAACGGCCCCGGCUGCCUGGUGACGCCGGUGCUGAACGCCAGGCUGGCGCCCGAGGACCACCACGUCAUCACCGUCAGCGGCUGCCUGCUCGACUACCAAUACAUCGAGGUGCUCAGCAGUGCCGCCCAGAUCUUCCUGGCGCUCUUUGGCUUUGUCUAUGCCUGCUACGUCAGCAAAGUGUUCCUGGAGGAAGAGGACAGCUUUGACUUCAUCGGAGGGUUUGACUCCUACGGCUACCAGGCGCCACAGAAGACGUCACACCUACAGCUACAGCCUCUCUACACGUCUGGGUAACCUCCUCCUGUCCUGGAUCCAGCCCCAGCACCCCGUGGGAGCCAGAGGUGCCAGGACCCCUCAGAGCAAACUGUCCCCCACCCGAUGAGAAGAGCCCUGGCAAAGAGGGGGACACAACACUGAGCCACUCAGUCCCCUCCAGCCUCCCUGCACCCCACAGAACCUCUGGAAAUGGAGCCAGGAGCUGCUGAUCCACCUCACCCUGGAUGCCCCAAGCUGCAGCCACCCACCCACAGCAGGACUGGAGGGGGCUGGAGAUGGGGGGACCCUCCCCCGAGGCUCUGAGAUGUCCCCAUGCAGGGAAAUGGCAUCACUGGACACACUUUUCUUCUGUUUCUUCCAGCCUGGUUUUCCUUGGAGCAGCAGAGCCCUUCCCAGAAUGCUGGGCAGGGGGUUGGGGGAGGGGGGGGGAGGGUCUGGAGUGGGCCUGAGGCAAAACCCAACCAGUUUGGAGCAAACUGGGACUGGGGGCAGGGGGUAAACACAGCGCUGGGGACAGUGGGGCACAGAGAGCAGCUUGGUCCUCUGCAGGCUUGUGACAGUGUCCUGCAGUGCUGGGUCUGGGAGCUGAGCUGGCCCCAAAGAAGGGGAUUUUGCUCCCAGCAGGAAUUUUCCAGCCCCCUCCCCCCCUCCCCCCACCCCACACGCCUGGUUGGAUGAACCAGCAUGGAAAGGGCUCAGGCUGGGAUGCUCUGCUCGCCCUGAGGACUUGGAUCCAGGCAUCAGCAUCUUGCCUUGACACCCACCUCACCCUCUCCCCUCCCCCCCCCCCACACCUGAAGAGGGGGUCACAGACCUUGGAAAUCUCCCUGUGAGCCCCCUCCCACCCCCAUCCCCCUCCCACCUUCCUCCCACAUUGCUGGGGAGGGUGAGGGGGGGGCUCAGAUUUGGCAAUCCUGACACUGCUGCCAACACAGCCCCUUGCUGGCUGCUGUGAUCUGGUGAAUGUCUGGGGGCUGGUGCCAGGGGGGGGAAUUAUUGGGUUGGUUUCUUUCUGUUUGGUUUUGUUUGGGUUUCUUUAAUUUAAAGUGCCUGAGGAGACUCUGGCUGAGCAGGACCCCCCCUCGACCCCCACCCCCCCUUGCCCCUUCCAAGGCCAACAUUGUGCCUUCAGCAACACUCUGCCCACCCUGGGGCUGCUCCAGUGUCCCCCCCAGGUUCUCACCCAGGGCUUGGUACUUCUCUGACCCUCUCCUUCAAGCCUUCCAUCCACUGUGGGUGGGUGUGGGUGGCAAAUGGUCCAGCAGGUUGGGUGGCAGAAGAGGGCUGAUGUUGGCACAUGGGGAAGGAUUAUCUGGUGGGGGGAAGGGAGUUGGGGGGGGAAUGUGCAAGGUCCAUUGGGCAGCGACUGCUUGGCAGGAUGGAGAUGAGCUGGGAGGGAAAAAAAGCAGGUCCGUGAAGCAUCCCACUCAGCCCAACCUCCUCCUUCCUCCCUUUCUUCCCAGGGCUGGGCUGUGGUUUCUCCUGGAUCUGACCCCAAGCCCACCCUCAGUCACGAAUUUGGCCUCCCAGGUGUUUUCCCUCCUGUCCCCGGGGGGGGGGGUUAGCUGGGGCUGGAAGCUGCACCCUGCAGUGAUGGGUUUGUGGGUUUCUGUCCUUCCCAACCAGCAGCCAGGAAGUGCCACCAAAGCUGCCCUGGGCAGGGGCCAGGCUGCCUCCUCCCCCGCCAGCUCUUCCACUGCCUCUAGCCAAGCUGCCAGCUUUACAGGCAAUAAUUUCCCCACCUUUUUCCUUUCCCCCUCUCCCCCUUUUCUUUGCCCCAAGAAGAAUGUUUUUCGAGCAACAGAUUCCCUUCUUCUCCCCUAAAGCAUCCUCAUCCCUCAGCACUGCCCAGCCCUGGGGCACAGCAGCAUCUCCGAGGUUGCUUCUCCUCGCCAGGAUGCUUUGGCUGAAUCAGCGAUGGGAGAGGAUGGGAUGGGAUAGGAUGGGCAGGGCAGACCUCCACCGAUUCAAACCUUUCUCAGCCCCAGCAGGAAGCAGAAGGAAAAGCUCCUUGUCAUUUAAAACUCACUGGGGAGAGCUUUCCCCUCCCCUUCUCCCCUGGGCUGGGCAGGAGCCAGGCUGCGGUGCUCUGCCUCCUGAUCUCUGGUUCUGUUCUGCUGGGUUGGUUUUCUAUCAGCCUGUUCUUUGUAACGUGAACUGAGCAUUUCUUUUCUAUUCUCUAAUUAUAAAAGUUGAAGGAAAA